AUGUCGACCACACCGGUCACACCGCGUGUGCGAGCGUUGCAAAAUAAAUUGGAGCCCAGAGAUGUCACCCUUCUGUUGUGGACGCACCCCUUCGGCCGUUACCGCAGACUGCCGGACUGUGAGGCGCGCUUUGGGAUCCGUGGGUGCGUACUGACCGACGACCGACGCAUGUACCCUGGGGCUGACGCCAUCAUCAUGCACCACCGUGAGAUAGUGACCAACGCCACGACGCUCCCGUCUGACCCACGACCCCGUGGCCAGAAGUGGAUCUGGAUGAAUUUUGAGUCCCCGUCUCACACUCGAGGCCUGUGGCAGUUCGAGGGCUUGUUCAACCUCACCAUGACCUACCGUGCAGAUUCAGACAUCUUCCUCCCCUACGGCUAUCUGGUGACCCGCCUUCACCCUCACGCCAACGCCGCCCACACACGCCCCCGACGGCCCCACCUACUGGCCUGGGUCAUCAGUAACUGGUCGGAGUCGCAGGCCAGGGCGUGGCGUUCUAGAACCUGGAGUCGGCUGGUUAACUACGUUGACGUGGAUGUGUUGGGUGCAGGCGUGCCACUGCCAGAGGACAGCACUGUGGUGCGCACGGUGGCGUUAUCCCUGUUUUAUCUGGCGUUGGAGAACUCCCAGCACCCCGACUACAUCACCGAGAAGCUGUGGAACUCCUUACUGGCCGCCGUUCCUGUAGUUCUCGGGCCGCCGCAUGCACCACCGGAAAACCAACGCCAACGCUUCCUCCCCCAUGAUGCCUUCAUUCAUGUGGACGACUUCUCCUCUCCCCGCCUGCUCGCCCAAUACCUGAUGCUGCUGCGCCGGAGCCCCACCCUCCUGCAGAGACACCUGGCUUGGAGGAGGAGCUACAGCGUGCACCUGACCGCUUUCUGGGCGGAGCAUUACUGCACAGCAUGUCGCAUCGUGCGGAACCACAGUCUCCGGACUGACACCAUCACCAACCUUCAGCGCUGGUUUGAGUCCUGA